AUGCAUUUACUCUACCGGCCACCUGCAGGAUCAAUAGAAAACUUUGAGAAUCAUGUGAAAAAUAUUCUUACUGAUCACAAAGGCACGGGUAGAAACGUGUACCUCGUUGGUGAUUUCAAUCUAAACGUCCUUGAUUUUAACACAAACAAAUCUGUACAAAACUUUUUUAACUCAGUUUUUCAAAAUGGGUUUAUCCCACUUAUAAAUAAACCAACACGAGUGACGAGAUUAAGUGCUACAGCCAUAGAUCAUAUCAUAACCAACGAUUUCACAAAUACAACAAUUAAAACAGGGAUAAUUAAAACAGAUAUUUCUGAUCAUUUUCCAAUUUUCAUUACUUAUUUUGAUAACCUGCUGUAUUGUGUGGAUUGGAGCCUUGUUUUAGAGAACAAUAAUGCUGAUAAAGCUUAUGAAAUCUUUCUUCAAACAUUUCAACAACAAUAUGAUCAGGCAUUCCCAGAACAAACAACAUUUGUUAAAACUAAGACUUUGUUAAACCCUUGGUUAACCAAAGGUUUGUUAAAAUCAUCUAAAAAGAAACAGCGCUUUGGACUGAUAAAUAAACAUAAAAACGAUGCGAAGAAAACUUGGAGUAUAAUCAAUGAAGUAAUAGGUAAAACAACACUAAGCAAAGAAAAACUUCCAAAAAGGUUAAAUAUUGAUGGAAAUAAAAUCGAGAACAAGUGUCUAAUAGCUGAGGAGCUUAAUUAUUUUUUUGUGAAAGUUGGUUCCAAUCUGGCAUCUCAGAUUGGACCUAGCAAUUUGAGUUUUAAAUCCUUUCUCACUGUUAAUAACGCACAAAUGGAAAAUAACGAAUUACGUGAAAAUGAAUUAUUCAAAGCGAUCGACUCACUACAAUCAAAUAAAAGUCCAGGUUUCGAUGACGUAAAUAGUAACGUUGUAAAACAAACAAAAAAUGCUAUAAAAAUUCCACUAAUGCAUAUAUUUAACCUUUUCCUGCUGCAAGGAUAUUUUCCUGAAAAACUUAAAAUUGCAAGAGUUCUACCAGUAUAUAAAACAGGCGAAAAGACUAAUGCAUCUAAUUAUAGACCAAUAUCAGUUCUUCCAUGUUUCUCAAAAAUACUAGAACGCAUAAUGUACAAUAGAUUUUACUCUUUUUUGACUGCUAAUAAUAUUUUAUACGACAAUCAAUUUGGCUUUCAAGCAGGUCAUUCUACUGAUCAUGCAAUAGUUAAACUUGUUAAUGAAAUAUCAAAGGCGUUUGACGAAAACAAGUACAUGCUAGGAAUUUUUAUAAAUCUAAGCAAAGCAUUUGACACCGUAGAUCACAAAAUUCUACUAGAAAAACUCAAAAACUACGGUAUCCGCAAUUCCAACAUUUGCUGGCACAAUAAAAAAGAUGAUAUGCCAUUAAAGUUUCCUGAUUUAUCUAUUAAUAAUAUAAGUAUAAAAAGAGCACAAUCCAUGAAAUUUUUAGGAGUUAUUCUUGAUGAAAAUGUUACUUGGAGAGAACAUAUAAAUAUUUUAGAAGAAAAGGUCGCAAAGAAUAUUGCCUUUAGGAUGUCAGCCGUCAAAGUGAAACUUGAAAACAAAGCUCUGGUCCAAAAGUGUGAAAAAAUAACAUGUCUAACAAGAAGGCAUUGUUUAGGUAUCGUGGCAUUUGACAUCCGAAGUUAUGAACAUCAUGCGUAUGUCGAUGUUCCCAACCUUUGGGAGGGUAUCAUCCAAAAGACCCUUACUGCGCAUGCGCAAGUAUAUAUAUUUGCGCAUGUCCCAUACACCAAAUCUGCAGGUAUGUAUGAGUGGCGAAAGGAAAGUCCCUAA